AUGGGGCAUCCGCGGCGUCUACUCCAGAUCAACUUCACAUCACCGGUCACUACACCUUAUCAUCUCCCAGUUCCCCUUCACGGCGCUGCCAUUGCCACUCAACUUACAGCGCGUCGACCUAAGCGAUCCCCAUCAGAAACUGCACACAGAGGGUUACAAGCCUCUCCCAGAUGGCAUCGCCACUUCUCCACCAGUGCAAGCGCCAGGGACUGGCUUUCUCCAAGCAAGGCGGAGAAGAGCAAGUCUACCCUAGGACGACCAAGAGUGCCUACGGGCGGGUCAAUGCGUGGCACCACCGUUGUGUGGGGAGAUUGGGGUCUACGGAUGCGAGAUCAUGACAGAAGAGUUUCCGCCUUGCAACUCAGGACAGGUGAAGAGACCAUUCGGAGGAGGCUGCGUGGCCUGAACUACAAGCUCUAUACUAGAGUCAGCGCAAACAUUGGUGUCUACACAAAAGGCAAUGAGGUACGCAUGGGUAAAGGAAAAGGAAAGUUUGAUUAUUGGGCAGCGCGGAUACCGGUUAGUAGGGUCGUCUUUGAACUCAAGGGAGACAUGCACGAGAAGGUCGUUCAUGAGGCGUUCAGAUUGGCAGGGCAUAAAUUACCAGGAUUAUGGGAGACUGUGAGGAAAGGUGACCCUCCAAUGGUGGGUAUCACGAAGCUGGGCAAUGGGGUGACGUUGGAAGGACUCAAGCGAGCUCGAAGAGCGGUCCCGGACAAGGGAACUGGAGUUGGUCCGGUUAUUCCCCCAGCAACCACAGAUACACCACCUGCUAGCAUUUCAGCUGCAGCAUAG